AUGGCUGCACUAAAAUGCUCCCAUGUUGCACUCCUUGCAUUUCUAAGCUUGGUUGUGUGUUCUGCACACAGAACUCUUCCUAAUGAGGCUGGAACCAACCAUGACCGCGUCGUUAGCAUCAUGGAGGACACUACUCAUACUGACCAUGCAUGGAACGGUCAUGUUUUAAGUAAUGGAGGUGGAGGUGGAGGGGGAGGUGUUGUAAGCAACCCGACAAUUGGUGGUGCCCCCAUAGUUGGAUCUGCUGGUGGUUAUGGAAGUGGGAGUGGCAAUGGCAAUAACGGGGGCAUUAGCAGUGGAAGCGGAGGAGGAGGAGGAGGUGGUGGUGGUGGCUGGCUUGGUGGUGUACCAAAUUUUGGCAUCCCAGGUGUUGGUGCCCCAGGUUUCGGUGUCCCAGUCGGUGGAAAUGGUGGAGGAUAUGGGUUCGGUGGUGGAUAUGGUUCCGGUUCUGGGGGUAAUAAUGGAGGCAGUCCACCAGGAUAUGGAGAAGGACCAUGGGUCCCUCCACCGAAUUACCACUGCCAACCAAUGAACUGUGGCAAUCCCUUUGGUUGUCCUGGAUUCACCAUGCACUUCAGUCACCAUACACACAUGAAUGCACCUGCAUCCAAUAUGCCAGCAGAGAGUACUGGCCAUGCCAUGGCUCCUGCAGAUUCACACUAA